UUGAGUUGCAGAGAAGUGAAGAAGUCGGUAACAGAAAAUUGAAGUCGACUACACAGAGGUGAAUAACUUGGCAAUAUGGCGUGUCACUUCACUGCUGCAAUGCUGUUUGGACUAACGUCGACAUUCAUCGUGAGAUGGGUUAAUCUGUCGGAAUUUUGUAUUCCUUUACACUUUUUGAAAUUCUCUAUUUCUUACCGCCUGCUUCUUGCCUAAUUCCCUAUAAUGGGUAAGUGCAAUCGCUCGGGAACAAGGACGGGACACCAAGACGGAGGCCAUUUUUUUUUUCGAGAGCACGGUAAUAAGAACACUACGGGGACUCACUCCGCCUGAACCAUGGGCAAGCCAAAGCAGGGCAAGUCUGGCAAGAAAGGCAAGAGAGGCAAGGGCUCCACGGCCAGCAAGGACCGGUCUCCGAGCCAGAAAACUAAAUCGAACGAGUCCAAGACGCCGGAAUCAGGGGCAUACACCCCGACCAGUGGAGGCGAGUCCGGAACCAAGGCCUCGUCCGCAUGGCCCCCGGCCCUGAACCGACCCAUGAUGUCGCCGUUGGUGUUGCCCUCUGACUACACCAGGGACGAACUCCGGCGACCGUCGACGAUAUACAUCUGGAGCUGGGACAACAUAUGGUUCUUCCCCAUGGGCCUGCUGGCCAUCGUGAUCAUCGUGUUCGGCAUGGUCGCCUUGUGGUACGUCCUGCCGGCUCGGGACGCGCGCCACGGCCCCAGCAACGCGACGGGCCUUGCCGCCAACGACACGGCCAACGCGACCGAAGAGGCAGCCCUCGCGACGCUUCAGGGCUCGCUCUCGAGCAAGGAGGCGAGGUUUGGCGUCGGUGACGCGACAGACGGUGAGCUCACCACGCUUCACGGCGCCCUGCUCGUCCCGCCGUACGACGACGACGCGGGAGGCGACUGGUCCACCGAAUUAGAGCCGGAAGCCACCGCGUCGGUUUCCCGCGCGCAUCGCGUGCCUCGUGAAAGAGCCCGCCCGCCGACGGCUCCGCCCAAGUCCACGCCGGCUGGAACAGAAGCCUCAGAGAGGCCGAGACACUCUCGGCAAUCUACGCGCCAAUCGCCAGCCAGUUCGCGGAAGUCGAGUUCUACGGGGUUCGCGGUACCAGCGUCGGAAAGCGGCGCGCAGAGCUCGGCGUCGCCGGUGCGGCUGCUCGGCUCUUCCAAGGGAGCGUACGAUUCGUCAGUCGGACCUGCUGCACCCUUCGUAACGUCGUUUGCAACUGAACAGUCAUCGACGGUAGACUCCUCCUCGACGCAGGCUCCGACUUCCAGGUCCACGGAAAGCUCCAGCGGGGCACCGGCUUCGUAGAUGCAGCUAGCCGUCGAUCGCGU